AUGGCUAAGGCCAGGAGGUCCAUCUUGACUGGUCUUCAGAGCUUCCUGUGUUUCAUCACACUGGACAUGCUUGGUUCUAUUCAAGACUGUACUGUUCAACAUACGAAGCUAACAGAGUAUGUUGAUUGGUUCAUGGCCCUCCCUGAACUAAUGGCAUUUAUUGCCAUUAUUAUCUUGCGGGGGCUGACCAAGGUUCCAUCAUUGAGUGACUGCUGGUCAGCAAACCUGGGAAACCCCCAGAUCAUUGCAACUAUGUCCCGAAAUCGCUUCAAAGACAUUAUGCGACACCCAUGCUUUGAUGAUAGGGACACCCGCAGUGAGCGCACAAAGACUGACAAGUUUGCUGCAAUUUCUGCCAUGUGGUCGUCAUUUGUCACCAACUGCAUCACAUCCUACAACUCUGGUCGACACAUCACCACUGACGAACAGCUUUUCCUGUCAAAGACUCGUUGCUGUUUCCUGCAGUACGUUGCAACGAAACCUGACAAGUUUGGGAUCAAGUUUUGGGUGGCUUGUGACUUGAAAUCAAGUACAUCUGCAAUGUCCUCCCAUAUCUUUGCAAGGACCCCAGUCGUCCCAGUGGGGAGAGACUGUCCGAGGACGUAG